UCUCUGUCUGCGCACGCGCGGCCGAGGAAAAACUGGUGCCCUCUGCCGAGAAAGGCUCGUCAAAACUAUCUUCCUGAGCCAUAAAAAUCUCAAGAACUUCACCUCUUCUCCCCCGUCCUAACUUCGCACUUGCAGACCCUAUACUCUCUCUCUCUCUCUCGCUCUCUCUCUUCGUCGCAUCACAGCUUCAAGAAAUGCUCAGCAUGAAUCUCUCUCUACCCCCUGCCGUCGCUGUCUCCAAAUCCAGCCGCCGCUAUCGCCCCAUGAAUGCCCACGCCCUUCUCGGCAGAAGCGGCGGCACGCCCUCGUUCCCGUCUUGUCUUCUUGGCGGCGGCGGCGGCGGAGACGGCGGAGCUCCGGUUCUUGGCAUCGGAUCGAAAUCUCUCGGCUCCGCCGGGAUUCGCGCGCACCCAUUUGGGUUGUCUUCGCGACCCUGUUCUCAGAUCCAAGAUCCGAGCUCAAAGACGUCGGCUUUGGAUCGAACCGUUUCGCUCCGUCGUGGGUUUCCUUCAAGAACCGGAUCUCUGGUCCCCAAAGCGGCGUCCGAGGCCAGCCCGGAGGGCGAGGCCGAAGCCGAAGCCGAAGCCGCGGUUUCGAAGAAGAGCAAGACCCUCCAGCUCGCCGUCGUCUUCGGGCUCUGGUACUUCCAGAACAUAGUGUUCAACAUCUACAACAAGAAGGCCUUGAACGUGUUCCCGUACCCUUGGUUCCUCGCGUCCUUCCAGCUGUUCGUCGGCUCCGUUUGGAUGCUCGUUCUCUGGUCCCUGAAAUUGCAGCCUUGUCCUAAAAUCUCCAAGCCCUUCAUCGUCGCAUUGCUUGGGCCCGCCCUGUUCCACACCGUAGGGCACAUUUCGGCUUGCGUGUCGUUCUCGAAGGUGGCCGUGUCGUUCACGCACGUCAUCAAAUCGGCCGAGCCCGUUUUCUCGGUCGUCUUCUCUUCGUUUCUGGGCGAUUCGUACCCUUUGGCUGUGUGGCUUUCGAUUCUUCCAAUCGUGUUUGGUUGCUCGCUUGCUGCGGUCACUGAAGUUUCUUUCAAUUUUGGAGGCUUGUCGGGUGCCAUGAUUAGUAAUGUCGGGUUUGUGCUGAGAAACAUAUACUCCAAGAAGAGCUUGCAGAAUUUCAAAGAAGUGAAUGGGUUGAACUUGUAUGGAUGGAUUACUAUACUUUCGUUGUUCUAUCUGUUUCCGGUUGCGGUUUUCGUCGAAGGAGCUCAAUGGGUGCAAGGUUACCACAAGGCAAUCGAAGCUGUUGGACAAUCAUCCACAUUUUACUUUUGGGUGUUGCUGUCUGGUGUGUUUUACCAUCUUUACAACCAAUCCUCCUAUCAAGCCCUCGACGAUAUUAGCCCGCUGACUUUCUCUGUCGGAAAUACAAUGAAGAGAGUGGUGGUGAUUGUGUCGACUGUUUUGGUGUUCAGGAACCCAGUUCGGCCCUUGAAUGCGCUCGGAUCUGCCAUCGCUAUAUUCGGGACUUUCCUGUAUAGCCAGGCAACAUCUGCCAAGAAAGCUAAGAAUCAAGGAGGUGAAAAGAAGAGUUAGAUUUUGAAAUGUGAGGCCUACAUCCACACGAAGCCAGCUACUCAAGAAGAUACCGCUUGAUUUCGAAGAUGAUCUCGAUAUCAGUCUGUGAGAAAUGCGAUUUGUGCGUCUCUGCUCAAGCCAUGGCUGCAUAAGAUACGCAGUUCAGCUUCUCUUUUACGAUUUCACAACAGAGCCGGAAACCUCGUCCUUAUACGCAUUUCAUGGUGAUUCGGUGCAUACAAAGAACUCGUUGUUCGA